AUGUCUUUAGCCCAAGAGGCCAAGCACGGCACGCUGGAGGCCGCGCUUGAGAAUGUCGAGACCCAACUGGGCAAGGUGCUGUCGGCCAUAGCGGCGUCGGUGGCGUCGGUGGCGGACACGCUGCGCACAGCCUCCACCAGCGAGACGGGCACCUCCAACGCCCUGGGGGACAAGCAGCUGGUCGCCGACGUGGCGGCAGACAGCUGCGUGUUUGCCGCGCUGCGCGCCUGCGGCGCUGUGGAGCUGGCCAGCAGCGAGGAGCAGCCAGCGGACCAUGAGCUGGGUGGCAGCGGCUACUCGGUGGCCUUUGACCCUCUGGAUGGCAGCUCCAUCAUCGGAGCCAAUUGGGCGGUGGGCAGCAUCUUCGGCGUGUGGCGGGGCCGCGGCUUUGUGGGGCGCAGCGCUCGGGAGCAGGUGGCGGCAGCGUACGCGGUGUACGGGCCCAAGACGCUGCUGGUGGUGGCGCGGCGGGUGGCGGCCGCAGAGGUGGCGGCGCGCCAGGGGCGGCAGCACGUGGUGCAGGAGUUUGUGCUGCUGCCCUCGGGCGCGUGGCAGCUGAGCCGGGCUGAUGUUCGCAUCCCAGAGUCCAAGAAAUGCUUUGCCAGCGCCAACCUGCGUGCCACCGCAGACAAUGCGGCCUACCGGCAGCUGGUGCUGGGCUGGAUGGAGGAGCGCUACACGCUGCGCUACUCUGGUGGCCUGGUGCCAGACCUGCACCACAUACUGGCAAAGGGCGGCGGCGUGUUCUGCAACCCCACCUCCCCCACCUGCCCCGCCAAGCUGCGCUGCCUGUACGAGACCUUCCCCCUGGCGCUCAUCACCGAGGCAGCGGGCGGCAGCAGCCACGACGGCCGCGGCUCGGCGCUGGAUGGCAGACUGGAAGCUCAUGACCAGCGUGGCCCACUGUGCCUGGGGUCCACAGCUGAGGUGGCAAAGUGCCUGCCCGCCAUGCUGGCGGGGCUGUGA